AGGUAAAUAAGGAAGGAAUCGGAUAUAAUGGGCAAAGGAGGCUCUGCCUGAGCCCUGAUACUCGCUGCCGGCGUUUCCCUCGCACAGCCGCCGCUGGCUUCGUCCCUCUGCUGUCCCCGAGCCCCUCGGGGUGCCCCGCUCUCCUCGCUGUCCCCUGCCGCCGGUGCCCCCCGGGGGCCGAUGCGGCUCAGCCCGGCCGCGCUGCCGCGGAGCGGGCGCUGAGCGGGCGCGGUGCUGCCCGCCGGGGCUGGGACACCUCCCCCGGGGCCAUGUCCCCCGCACACCCCGCGCCCAGUGCCACAGGGACGGCUCUUGCCACCCUGCGCUGGCACCCAUGUGGAUUCUGAGCUCGCACAGCCUCCAGGUCUGGAGCCGGCGCUGAGCAGAGGGAUGGGCAGUGCCAGCCCCGGGCUCGCCGCUCUGCCCUCCGGCCGCCUCGCCUGGCUGGACCCCGCGCUGCUGCCGCCCCCCCGGGACCCCGAGCCCCGGAGCUGGGGCUGCCCGGAGAGCCCCAGCCCCCCCAGCACCCCCGAGCAGCCCCUGCCAGCUUUCUGCCUGCACUACUUCGACAUGCUCUACCCCGAGGACACGGCCUGGGCCACCAAGGGCGCCGGGGAAGCGGCCCCGAGCAGCGGCCAGGGCGGGCGGGAGGAGGCGCGGAAGGAGCCGGAGCAGUGUCCCGUCAUCGACAGCCAGGGCCUGGGGCUGGGGCCCGAGGGGGACCUGCAGGACAGCCUGCCCCUGGAGGAGCACUCGCUGGAGCAGGUGCAGAGCAUGGUGGUGGGCGAGGUGCUGAAGGACAUCGAGACAGCCUGCAAGCUCCUCAACAUCGCCGCAGACCCCAUGGACUGGAGCCCCGGGAACGUGCAGAAGUGGAUCCUGUGGACGGAGCACCAGUACCGGCUGCCGCAGAUCGGGAAGUCCUUCCAGGAGCUGUCGGGAAAGGACCUGUGUGCCAUGUCCGAGGAGCAGUUCUGCCAGCGCUCGCCCGCCUGCGGCGACAUCCUGCACGCCCACCUCGACAUCUGGAAAUCUGCCGCCUGGAUGAAGGAGAAGGCUGUCCCGGGAGAUGUGAGAUACUGCGGAGGUGACAGCAGCUGGGCCGACAGCGAGGUGGACUCGUCCUGCGCCGGCCAACCCAUCCACCUGUGGCAGUUCCUCAAGGAGCUGCUGCUGAAACCGCACAACUACGGCCGCUUCAUCCGCUGGCUCAACAAGGACAAAGGCAUCUUCAAGAUCGAGGACUCGGCGCAGGUGGCCCGGCUGUGGGGCAUCCGCAAGAACCGCCCGGCCAUGAACUACGACAAGCUGAGCCGCUCCAUCCGGCAGUACUACAAGAAAGGAAUCAUCCGGAAGCCCGACAUCUCCCAGCGCCUCGUCUACCAGUUCGUCCACCCGCUGUGAGCGGCGGCAGGACCGGCCGAGCACCGGGAGGGACAGGGGACCUUGGCUGCCUCCCUCGGCCCCAGGCACAGAGAGCCUCUGCCAGCAGCAGGACCUCGGCUGCGCUGCGAGGCUUCCCCUGCCAGGACCUGCUGGCGUCGGACACGGGGACCCCCUCACCUGCAGCAGGCCCUGGUGCGGGGCAAGGACCGUGCAGAGCCCUCGUCCCCCGUGGGAAGGGUGGGCAGCGUGCCUGGGCUCGUCCCCGCUCCUCUCCUCUCCUCCUUCCCAGCUUCUGGCUGUGGGUGGCUUCACCCCAGCCACUGUUCAGGGAGGAGAAAGCCUGGGGCGUGAGCUGAGAGGAUGGCACCCGCAGGGACAGGGACACCCGCAGGGACAGGGACACCCGCAGGGACAGGGACACCCACUGCUGCUCAUGGUGCAGCCCUGUCCCAAUCCCUGUGGGAGCAGCCUGGCACCAGCCACGGGGGCUGUGCCACUGGGGGCCUUGGCACCCCCUCGGGACAGGCGCAUCCCCCCUUUGCUGGUCACUCCAGGACGUGCUCGGCUGCUCCCCUUCCCGGGGAUUUGGGGCUGCAAACGGGACUUCUGCAAAGGAGCAGCUGUAAAUGUGGGUGUGGGGCUGUGCACGGUGGGGAUCCCCAGGCUGGGUCCCCCAUCCUUGUGCAGGGGCCACCAGAGUCCUCCUAAAACCCCACCCAGGUGCUGUGCCCUGGCACAAAGCUCUUCCCUUGAUUCGGAUUUCACUUGGACAGCCUGGUUCUGGAGUUUGGGGAAAUGGAGGUGGCAGCUUUGCCAUUUCCCUCUGGACAAUAAAUCCAGAGCAUGAUCUGCCAGGGCUGGACUGGGGCAGAGAGCUGGGAAUUGCUUCACUCGCUCAUUGCACCAGAGUCGGAGUUACCUGGCAAUGUUGAUCUUUUAUAUUAUAGGCUUUUUUUAUUUGGUUAUUUGCUUUUCUGUUUUGGCUGGUGCUGAGUUGUGGUUUAGGUUCAGAUGCCAAGGGUGGCCCAGGCUUCCAGGGAUGUUCUGUGGGAGCUUAAAAGGAAAAAAACACCUGCUUCUUGGUCUCUCGAUUUUUUUUCCUUAAAAUAUCCGCCGGUGCCAGCAGCAGAUCCAGACAGCCCUGCUCCCAUCCUGGCAGGAGGGACGGAGGGCAGCGAGCAGCAGGGGAGGGAGGAAAACUGCCUUGGCCUUUGGAAAAGGGAGUGGAAAAGCAAAAAAAAAUGGGGGGAAAGAAAAACAAAAAAGCAAAGUGUGCCUUGUGAUUUGCCGUGUGCCCGACACAGCCGGUGCGGGGGCACUGAGGAUGGGCCGGGGGUGCCGGCGGUGCCCCAGAUCCUGUGUCCCCCUCACGGCUCCCCUGGCAGGGUGGGGGAGGGCAGGAGGUGACAUCACCCUGCUUUCACAGGCUCAGGAGAGCGCUGGGCCGGGGCUGCUGCUUGGAACAGCCCCAAAACCUGCACCCCUCGAGCCCCCAGGGCUCUGUCCGCAGUGGCACUAGAGUCCCCAAAGGCAGUGGCUGUUCCCUUUGUCCCUCCAGCCCCCAGCAAUGCAUCCGAGCCCCCCGUCCUGCUGCACCCCAAAACUUUGGGGUGGGGGUGUCGCUACCCGGAGGUGCCCUGGGGGUCCACAACCACCUCAGCCACCCCCCCGGGGGUGGGACGGACGCACAGCAAAGGAGACCCCAGAGCCAAGGACGCUGACAGAGCUCGGUUAUUUUCUCUUGCUGCAUUUUGUUGUUGUAUCCACGGAAAUACAAUCACGAGAGAUAUAUAUAUUAUAUAUAUACUUCUUAAAUUACACAAUCAAUGUACAAAAACCGGGGUGCAUUGCUGAGACAGGUGGUUGGUUGGGUCUUUUCUGACUUUGUGGUUUUUUUUCCGGUACCUGGCAGGGGCUGGAUGGCUCCCGCCCACCGUGCCCAGCACACGGUGCUUCCCCUGCAUCCGCGAGAACACGGGAUCCCUGGGGCCAAAAAAUUCACGAACCAACGGAGGGGGCAGGAAAGGAGCAGGAGGAGCGUGCGGGAAGCCGAUGGCAUUGAUGCUGCUAAGGGCGAUGGUAUGGAAAGAAAUGAGAGGUGAUCUGUAGGGAAGAGCUGGGGAUGGCAGACGCACCCGAGGCAGGCGGUGGCCGUGCUGGGCGGGAGCAGCCGCGGGAGCUGCGGGGCCGGGGCAGAGCCCAGGGGAGAAGGGGUAGAGCUCCGCGGGGACAAGCAAAGGGCAAAGCUUGCGGCCAUUCCCCUGCCUUGGCGUGUCUUGAUUUCGACCGUCUUCGCCAGGCAGCCGCUCUGCCCGGGCCGUGUCCUGAGCCCUCCUCCCGGGCUGCAGCUCCUGCCGGCACCCUGCACGGCCGGACGAUGCUCAUCCCCCGUCCCUGCUCUGCUCCUGCCUCUCUCCAGGAAGGGGAGGAUGGGGACCGUCCCCAGCAGUGCCCAAGGCAGUCCUCGCUGCCCCAGGCUGGGCAUGCAGGUGCUUCCAGCAGCAGCGGGCCCUGGCGGCUCCUUCUCCGGACAGCGCUGGAUUUUAGGGCCAUCUCACCUGGAUCUGGUUUGCGUUGGAUACCUGCCCACCCGAAGGGCGAUGCUGCUCCCUGCAGCACAGACCGGGCAUCGGCUCGGGAGCCUCCGCCCGCUCCAGGCGCGCUGACAGCCCAGCCGGGAGGAGGAGGAGGAAGCUGAGGAGAUGCCAGCAAGCUCCAUGGCGGGGCUGGUCCCACCUCACCUGGGCAUCUCAAGGAUGGCCGCGGGGCUGAAGGGGGCAGUCACCCCCUUCCUCGGGGCGGGAGGAUGGACUGGGGAGAACAUGGAAACGCCAAAAAAAAA